CGGUUGCCUCAGUGGCCUCGCCCUAAGGCCGGCCAUGAUCCUUUGCUCUUUGGUAAGUCUAUAAGCUAUUACAGCAAUAAGAAAAUGUCACCAUCAAGAGGAUCUAAGACACAAUAAAGAAUGUAUCACGUGAUCAUGGUGGACCUAGGUUGAGAGACAGUAGCAUGGGACGUGGGGCUAGUCAGGGUGGACGUGGAGUUGGUAGAGGUGGCUUUGGUGGUGGUAAUGGAGGAACACUCCGAAAAAACAGUUUAAAAGGAAAACAACCUGGAGACAGACUUCGUAAACCCAGAUGGGAUAUGAGUAAACUGCCACCAUUUCAGAAAAACUUCUAUGUUGAACAUAUGGCUGUGUUGAGAAGAACCCCAGAAGAAGUUGAAAUGUACAGAAGAGUCCAUGAUGUUACUGUUCGUGGUCGAAAUAUUCCUAUGCCUAUUCAAGAUUUUAUGGAAGGAAACUUUCCACCUUAUGUGAUGUCAGCUGUUCAAAACCAAAACUACAAGAAACCAACACCCAUUCAGGCACAAGGAUGGUCCAUAGCUUUGAGUGGAAGAGACAUGGUGGGAAUUGCACAGACAGGAUCCGGAAAGACAUUAGCAUAUAUUCUUCCAGCCAUUGUUCACAUCAGUAAUCAGCCAUAUUUAGAAAGAGGAGAUGGCCCUAUUGUUUUAGUACUAGCCCCAACUCGAGAAUUAGCACAGCAGAUUCAACAGGUUGCAUCAGACUUUGGUCAUUUGUCUAGAAUUCGAAAUACCUGUGUAUUUGGUGGAGCACCAAAAGGUCCACAGCUGCGUGACCUUGAAAGAGGAGCUGAAAUUUGCAUAGCUACCCCUGGUCGUCUUAUUGAUUUUCUGGAAUGUGGCAAAACAAACCUUCGAAGAUGUACAUAUUUAGUUUUGGAUGAAGCAGAUCGUAUGUUGGACAUGGGCUUUGAACCUCAGAUUAGGAAGAUAGUUGAACAGAUCAGACCCGAUCGACAAACACUCAUGUGGAGUGCCACAUGGCCAAAGGAAGUGCGAGCUUUAGCUGAGGACUUUUUGAAGGAUUAUGUACAAGUGAAUAUUGGAGCUCUUCAGCUUAGUGCAAACCACAACAUUCUUCAGAUUGUUGAUGUAUGUCAAGAAACAGAAAAGGAAUACAAAUUAUUGAAGUUGUUGGAAGAAAUCAUGGGUGAAAAGGAGAACAAGACUCUUGUUUUCGUUGAAACUAAAAAGAAGGUUGACGAUCUUACAAGAAGAAUGAGACGAGAUGGAUGGCCUGCCAUGUGUAUCCAUGGAGACAAAGCACAACCAGAACGAGAUUGGGUAUUAAAUGAAUUUAGAGGAGGCAAAUCUCCAAUUCUUGUUGCUACUGAUGUGGCUGCCAGAGGCCUGGAUGUUGAGGAUAUAAAGUUUGUCAUAAACUUUGACUACCCAAACUGCUCUGAAGACUACGUACAUCGUAUUGGACGCACAGCACGAAGCAACAAGUCUGGCACAGCCUAUACUUUUUUUACACCUAAUAACAUUAAGCAGGCCAGUGAUUUGAUAUCUGUUCUGAAAGAAGCCAAUCAGGUUGUUAACCCAAAGCUGUAUGAACUGAUGGAGAUGUCUAAAGGAGUCUCUUCAGGAAGAGGUCGCAAUCGCUGGAAGAACCCUGGUAAUCAGGGAAGUGAGACCCGUGGUUACAAUCAAAACUAUGGACGAGAAAGCAGAAGAGAUAGUAGUCAAAGAGGUGGUAGGGAUAGAAGUGAGAGGGGUCGUAAUGACCAGGACCAAAGAAGAAGAUCAAGCUCUAAUUUUUCAAACCAAAGAGAAUCAAAUAAGUUCAGCAACCAACCAUCACAGCCUCUUCUUCCCCAGCCUCAAGGGAUGGGAAAUUUCAACAUGGCCAGUCAUUCUGGUAGCAGUGCUUCUGGUGCACAUGCUGGAGGUCCACCAAAUCAGAGAAGUGGUAAGAUGAUUAACUCGCACCAUGGAAAGCUAGUGAACCAGCAAGGACAAGCACAAAAUCAACACACUGGAAACCAGCCAAACCAGAUGUAUAACCAUCAACAGCCACAGCAACAUGCUGGAAAUAUGCAUAUGAAUGGACCAAGUGCUCCUAACCAGCAAGGUCCAAUGGGAAUGUCUGGAAUGAUGAUGCCCAACAUGUAUGGGCAGUAUGCAGGCCUCCAGAUGCAAAGAGCUCAAUCAACAAUGAAUGGAAUGUUCCAGUCUCCACCGCCACCUCCUCCUCGUAACUAAACUUGUGAAGUAAAAUGUAUCAUCUGUUGACUCUUGCCAUUAUUCUACUUUGUCUACCAGCAUCUCCUCCUCGUAACUGAACUUGUGAAGUAAAUUGUAUCAUCUGUUGACUCUUGCCGUUAUUCUACUUUGUCUACCAGCAUCUCCUCCUCGUAACUAAACUUGUGAAGUAAAAUGUAUCAUCUGUUGAGCAUUUCUAUUCUAACCUGUUCUUGUACUGUUUUAUAUAACUUAUAAAGUUUUCAUUAAUAGGUCGUCUGGAAAUGUACUAAUUUGGUAUGAGCUGUACAUUGUUAUUUUUCACUUUUGUGCUUUUCAUCAGUAUAAAAGGUACUUUUUAUUUCUAAAUAACUUAUAUUUAUUUUUGAUGAAUAUUGUUAUUUCUAGCUGUUUACUUUAUAGUGUAAAAGUUCACAGUAUAAUAAAAUAUAUUGAUAUCAAAGCUUGAAUUCUUUCAGAAGAUGACUUCUAAAGUAUUCCGGCUGUUAGGUUUAGUUAAAUUUGAAUUGGUGUUAUAUGUGUGAAAGUAAAUAUUUUAAUUUAGCUUGUCAAAUUUUCAGGUGGUGUGUCUUGGGCAGUAAUUAUAGUGUGGACUACACAUACAUUUUAUGUUUGAAAACUUAGACCUUUAUGUUUUCUUUGUAAAGUGAUCUGUGACUCCUUUGUUAAUGAAUGUGUUGAGGGGCCAUGAAAAAUGACUUUGUACAGUGUCAUGGAAGUCGUUCUGCUUCUCUUAAAAUCUAUGUUUUAUAUCUGUAAUAAAGGUUGGUAAAAUUAAUAUACUUGAUGUGUUAAAAGCACAUUAUUAUACAUUUACAAAUCAGUUAUAUUUUUAUUGUUAAAAAUACACUAUUCACCAAAUCAUCAGAUCUAAACAUUACAUUUGAAAUAAUUUUUAUUAUUCAUUACUAUUAGGAAAAUGUGUGGCUGUCGCUCUGAUUAGGUGGGCAGGCCAUAUGGUGUCAGUGUAAUAUAACUAAACUAUCUGGCAAAAUGUAUGUUUAGUGCUUUUGUGAUUAUUAAAAUUCUUAGACUGAAAUGUAUAUUACUAAAUAGUGCUUUCACAUUUCUGUUGUAAUCUUUUUAUUUCAAUAGUUUUUGGUAGUUCUGACAUUAAUAAUACUGUUUUAUUACUGUAACCACGUAUAAAAUUUAUCAUCAGAAAAAAAAAAAGAGUUAAUGCUUCACAUAAUCUGUUCUAGUUGAAAUAUUUAGUUGAUACAUUAAAAAUUUAUAUUGUUGUCUGAUUUCCGAACAGUUAAAAAGCUUGAUAUAUAUUGACACUGAUUUGAAUGUUCCAUUCCUUAUGCCAUUGUUGUCUUAAAAAUUAUAUUACUAAGUAAACAGUUGAUGCCACAAGUUCAGUUUCAGCAAACAAGAGUUAAAUUACUAAAGUAUUGAUAAUUUAGUAGAUUUCAGGUUCCAAUAAGCAAACUGUAAAAUGUAUUAAAUUGGUAUUAAAGGUAAUUUUAAAUUCCCA